AUGCAACGCGGAGGUUCUUCCAACAUGACACGGAGGAGGCUAGAUCUUGAGGAGGAGAUUAUCCAACUCCCUGCGUGUGACCUAACGUCGGCUGCCGUGAAGUUCAAAAAUACAGUCAUAGGACGAAUGUUCAACAAGGAUGGAACGAAUAUGGAUGCAGUCAUUGGAAUGCUCCCAAAGCAAAAGAUUUGGGAUGUAGAAGGAAGAGCCCGAGGAAUCAGUCUAGGCAAUGGUCAAUUUCAAUUUGAUUUCGAUACUGAAGAGGAUAUGCUGAAGGUGUUGCGAAAACGCCCAUGGCACUUCAAUAGGUGGAGCUUCUCAUUAGAGAAAUGGGAACCCUUCACCAGCGAACUCUUUCCAAAUACAAUGCUCUUUUGGGUGAAGACUACGGGUGUCCCUAUGCAUUUCUGGAACGACGACAACUUUAAUGAGAUUGGUAAAGCCCUCGGUACGGUGGUUGCCAUAGAUGCUGUCCGAGCGCGAUUCCAAGUCUCUGUUAACGCGGAUGCUCCUUUACAGUUUGAAAGAAAGGUUGGCUUCCCCAAUGGAGAUGUUGGUACAGUUACCUUUGAAUAUGUGGGGUUGCACCGCUAUUGCUUCACGUGUAAGUUACUGUCACAUGAAGAAGGGAUGUGCCCACAACUUACGGAGAAACAAAAGGAAAGGAACAAAGAACUGAGAGCGGAGCAGAAGGACCCUAAAGGACCUGUGGCCUCGUCCUACCCUAACGAGAAUCGACGUACUCCGCUACAGGGGUCCCAACAGUAUGGAAAGAACGACAGAGGUGUGAAGGCGGAUACACGAGAUUAUGUGAGGAGCUCCUACAGGGAUAAUCGCUAUGGUAUGCUUACUAAUCAAGCCCGAGAGACAGUGUCUAGAGACCUAAGGUACGAACUGAAGGAUAAGCGGGAAUCUCGGGGGAAGGAUGUCUGGAAACGUAUUGAAAGGCCGGUAUACAGCAGAGACUACAAUAAGUCCGACCGCUACCACCCUUAUACCAGGGCCCGUGACUAUAAAACCUCCCUAGUGGAUAGGAGAUACGAUUCCCACGAUGUGUGGAGACCAAGGCAGUACAAUAGCCGUGAUAAUAGUCAACAUCUGGACACCCCUCAAUCCAGAGCCUCUGCCCACUUUAAUAAUACUCGAGGAACACCUAUGGACUCGCAACGCACCGUCUCUGAGCUCCGACACGAUCCGGUUAUAAAUAGAAAAGGAUCAGGUCUUUUAGUGGUGCAUCCAAAAGAAUCUGAUGCUGAGAGAGCACGAAAGAUGAAAGGUAAGACACACAUUACAGAUGACUCAGAGGAAGUGGCCAGAAAGAAGAGAGAUAUAUUACUUGGCAAGAGCAUCAGAACCUUGGCAAUAAGGGAACCACAGACGACUAAUGGACAAUCUGUGAUAGCCAAACCUGUCCUCGCAGAUAGUGGAAAACAUAUAAACGGAAUCGAAACCGGAGAUACAGGGGAAAAAGAUUCUACUCUGCCUAAUGCAGAAGAUGGAGAGUUCUUUGACGACGAUGAAGACCAGUUCCUCGAGGAUCUAGAGGAACCACAGCUGGAUGAUACUAUGAUGGAGAAUGACGAUCUCCUUGGGGAAGAGAUGGAGGCGGAAGCAGAACUUUUAGAAGCCAUAUCGCAGCUAUCUCCACCACCAAAUCCAGAACCAAUCCAAGAGGACAUACAACAGCUGCCCGUGAACUCAAAACCUGCAAUAAAAGAAACUACGCGGACAAAAACAAGCUCGGGACCAAGAAGACGUGUUCACAACCCUCUGGAACGAAAAGGAACGUCUGCGUCCAGGAAACUACAACCGCUGCGGGCUAUUGCUUCGCCAAAGAAGAAGCAGAGAGGCGGAAUCCAAACAACUACAACGGCCUCUUCUCUCACUGUCCCUCGUCAUGAGGUGUUUCCCUCUGCUACAAGCAAGAGAUCUACGACCAAAUCCGGUUCGGUGGUGUCCCAGAAACCACCCAUUAAGAAGAUAUGA